AGUGUUUAUCUGUAUUUCAGGAUGGAUGAAGCUGUUUGGGACGCAUCGUAUUAUCAAGAUGUAUAUGUAAGUGCGGAGGAGACUGGACAGCAAUGUGAAGUUCUUUAUGAUACGGGAGAAGAGGAUAUUUUGAAUGAGAUAUCUUGUUUACAAGUGCUGAGGAUAUUGAUAACAAAUGCAAAUACUGAGAUGGCUCAGCUUGAAGAAGAUCUUGUCUCCCUUCAUUGCGAACUGGUCUUGGCUGAUGAUGCAUGGUAUGAAAAAUGUGCAUCUACAUUGCAACAGGAAAUUAAAAGCUUUGACAUAUCGAUACCGAAAUUGAAGAAUAGCAUUGAGAAAGGUGAACUUGAAUUUGAUCUUGAACCAGCUAAGGGAAUGCAUGAAAUGCUGAAGGUUCUUCUCAGAGAUGAUCUCCCCCAGGAAAAUGAUAAGGUCUGAUAAUACUUUUAACAUAUAACAGUCACUUUCUUCCUGCUCUGUUGUUGGUUCACUAUGGGUAAAGUCUUGUAAUAAAUAAGACAAACUCAAUUAUGUGAUUUAACUUUGUAACCAUCUUUGACUCCUUCAUUGAAACAGAGUUUUCCUAGAAAUAAAGAUUAGUUUCAGAACUUAGGCACCUUUACACUCUGCCUAAUUGGUGUUCCCCACCCCACAUUAGAAUUGAUUCUGAUAAGAGAACCUAUCAGGUCGGCUUAGUUUGUUCUUGCUUUAGCUGUGGUAAACCUAUGUGAUACUCCAAUGAUCUUGUCCAGGUACUACACGAGUCAGUUGAGGAGAAUGAUAUAGACACACUCAAGAGAGAAUGUAGAGAGGCUAUAGUAGGCAGUGAAAGAACUGAAAUUUCAAGUUGUCUUGUGAAUUCUGAAGGAAGACAAGUUACGGUACUAUGUCAUUACCAAGUUCCAAAAAUUGCUUCAAUGUUUAGUUGCUUAAUAUUGACAUGUUUAACAGGAUGAUGACGUGAAGCUCAAAAACCAGUCCAUCGAGAUUGCUUCUAGUCUCGAUAGAUCAAAUUCAACCGAA